AUGUCUGUCGAAGAAGGCGAGUUUGCUUUGCCCGAUGGGAAACAACUCUACACGAAGACUUUCAGGACGGAUGGGCCAGCAAAAGCACGACUCGUCUUCAUCCACGGCUUCUCAGACGUACGAGCCCCUCUCAAACGCAUACAUGGCACGUUUAACAUUGACAUGACAUUGAACGCCUAUGGCGAUUUCUUCCCAGGACUAGCUUCCAAAGGGAUCGAGGUCUACACGUUCGACCAGAGAGGAUGGGGCCGCUCUGUGACAAAGCCCUCUGAACGAGGGGACACGGGUCCAACGGCGCAGGUUCUUGAUGACAUUACCUCCUUUCUCAAGUCUGUUGUUCCAAGUCCAGUACCCCUGUUCUUAAUGGGCCAUUCCAUGGGUGGCGGAGAAACGCUCUGCUAUGCUGCCCAAGGACCGGACGAGGUCCGCAAGCACAUUCGCGGCUACAUCCUGGAGUCGCCCUUUGUAGACUUUGAUCCAAAGUCGAAGCCAUCCUCAUUCACAGUUUUCUUCGGCAGAGUUGCGGGAAAAGUACUCGCAAAGCGACAGCUGACUAACAAGCUGGACCCAAGCCUCAUCUCGCGAAACGCAGAUGUGUGCAAGCAAUUCGAUGAAGACCCGCUCUGCCACGAUACCGGCACGCUUGAGGGGCUCGCGGGAUUGCUCGACCGGACCAAUGCCUUGUCUAGCGGAAAAAUUAUCAUACCUGACAAUGCCGGGGAAGGCGGAGUGACCAGGAUCUGGAUAGGACACGGGGACAAGGACGGCAUCACCAGCUACCCAGCCUCCAAGCGACUGUUUGACGCCUUGCAAGUCAAGGACAAGGAAUUCCAAACGUACGCGGGGUACUACCAUCGUCUACAUGACGAGCCUAGUCCUGAUAAAGAGAAGUUCAGAGAGGAUGUUGCCAACUGGAUUUUGGCGCGCUCAGACCCUGUCGGCGAGCAUGAUGCGAAGCCAAGGCUGUGAUGUACAGUAGAAGCUUUCCAGCCUGGCUAGCAGGCGAGGCGAUGGCGGCGGACUACAUUGAAAGGGCGAUUAGCGCUGCCGGAGUCGAUAGGCGCGUCUUGUUCGCGAGUUUAAAACGCGGAGAAUCUCCAGCCCAUGGCCCUGUGAGAAUGACGAUGCUGUAGGACUUUGAUGUCGAGUCGAGUUAAUACCAAUACACACCUGUU